AUGGCAAAUAUUUUACUGGACCGCUUAGAUCCAGUCACGCGUAAACUGUUUGAACAAAAGCAUUCAUCUAAUGAAAUGCCCACAUACGGUGACAUUUAUAAUUUUCUUGAGCAGCACUGCGCCGCGUUAGAGUCGCUCGAGUUAUCACUAAAACAAAACGUUCCGCCGAAAUCCAAUCGUUCGAACUUUACGCGAUCCCCUCGUAAACGUACUAACGUCUUUUUUACAAAUAAAAGUCAACGACCUUUAUCGUUAAAACAGAACACAUGUUUUUGGUGCAAGAAAGGUCAUUUGAUAUACAGAUGCGAUGCCUUUUUGGCUCAACCGGUGCACGAACGCGUUAAUUUCAUUAAAAAUAACAAAGGUUGCACUAAUUGCUUGACAAACUUACAUGUCGUGGCCCAAUGUUCUUCACAGAAAAGAUGCAGACAUUGCGGUUACAAUCAUCUUAGCCUUUUAUGUUUAAAAGGCAACCCUUCCCCUCCCCCCGGAUCACCAGUUUCGGAAUCUCGGAGUAUGCAAGAAUCAGACGAACUGACUCUACACAGAAAUAUCACUGUCGGCAUAGCUCUAAAUGAUCACGAUACCCUGCUUUCGACCGCGUUAUUACAUAUUCGUGACGUUCAUGGGAAUUGGCAUCCAAUUCGCGCUAUUCUAGAUUCGGGUGCUCAAACCUCAUUUCUUACAAAAAGGUGCGCUACAAUGCUGGGUCUUUCUAAAUACAAUAUUUCAAUAAGUAUUAACGGCUUAGAAAGUAUGAGUAUGUCCGCAUACAGCGCGGUACAUUGCGAAAUUGCGCCACUUGCCACCAAAUCACACACGUUUCAUGUAGAAACUGUUGUAGUCGAUCAAAUUUGUAACAAAAUGCCAAACAUGUCGUUUGAUCCAAAUUCUUUGGAAUUUUUAAAAGAACUAAAGCUCGCUGAUCCUCAAUGGUAUACUCAAUCCGAAGUACAACUUCUUAUUGGUGCUGAAAUUUAUGGAUCUCUUAUACAGGACGGUCAUCUUUACUUUGGACCCAAUGUCCCUACUUGCUUAAAUACAGUUUUCGGUUCGACCUUAAUCGGUGAAAUGCCUUUGGAUGCCGGCCCAUCCAAUUCUAAAACCAUAUCCGCGUAUUUUACUACGGUGUCAAAUAUCGACCUAAAUAAUGCCCUACAAAAAUUCUGGGAAACCGAGGAAAUUCCCAAUGUGCUUCAAAAGCCACCUUCAGAUAUUUAUUGCGAAAAAUACUAUGCAGAUACAACUACCCGCGAUACGAACGGUAGAUAUACAGUUUCUUUGCCAUUCCGAAUCACAUCUCCGGAUUUUGGAGACACCCGAGCUCUCACCCUUAAGCGGUUUUACUCUUUAGAAAACCGGUUGCUACGUAACAAAGACUUAUACCAUUCCUAUUCCGAGAUCAUGGAGGAAUAUUUAGCCAUGGGCCAUAUGCGUCCGGUUUCGCGCCCCAGCGAUGAACAUUUGCACGAAUAUUUUUAUAUCGGGCAUCUCGCGGUUAUAAAAGAAGAUUCUCGAAGUACUCCCGUACGGAUUGUAUUCGAUGCGUCAAGCCAUGCAACCAAUAAGCCAAGUCUAAAUCAGGUGUUAUACGCGGGUCCUAAGUUACAACGCGAUUUGGUAACCAUUCUGCUUAAUUUUCGACUACAUAAAUAUUGUUUCGUCACUGACAUUUCAAAAAUGUAUCGCAUGAUAAAUGUUGAAUCAAGUCAAAGGAAAUACCAAAGAAUUUUGUGGCGUUUUAAUCCCGAGGAUCCAGUGUCCGAUUACGAAUUACAAACCGUAACUUUUGGGAUAAAUUGCUCUCCAUACUUGGCGAUUCGAACGCUGUUACAAUUAGCUGAUGAUUAUCACGACCUACCCCUCGCUUCUAAGAUUCUAAAAGAGUCGGUUUAUAUAGAUGAUUGUGCGGUUUCUUGUCCAGAUUUAGAGCAACUUUCGCUUAUGAAAAACCAGCUAAUAGAACUGCUCCGUCGGGGAGGUUUCGAACUUAAAAAAUGGGCUUCCAAUGAACCUAAAUUACUCGCGGAUUUACCAGAAACCCACGUAGGGAUUCGCGACUUUUCCCUCGAUUUGGAGAAUGUUAAAAAUACUAGGUUUGCGAUUGUGGGCUUCUGCGACGCGCCUGAGCGAGGCAUGUGCGCCACUAUAUUUUUUCGCGUUUCGAACCAGGAUGGCACCUACAAAUCGUACUUUGUGUGCGCAAAGUCGAAAGUAGCGCCAGUUAAGAGAAUUAGCCUUCCAAGAUUAGAACUUUGUUCUGCGGUAUUACUUGCCAAAUUAAUGCAUUUUGUACAACGCUCCUUUGCUAACAAGAUAAUUUUCCAAAACGUCAUCGCCUUUACGGAUAGUACCGUCGCCCUUUCGUGGAUAAAAGGUGCUUCUUUCGGGUGGAAAACUUUCGUGGCCAACCGGGUGACUUAUAUUCAAGAAAAAAUUGCGGCUUACGACUGGAACCACGUUCCGUCCGAAUUCAACGCCGCGGAUCCCGGGUCACGUGGUUUACUACCCUCGGAUUUAAUACAAUGUACGCUUUGGUGGCAGGGACCCGCAUUUCUUCGCACUUCGCAAGAAUUGUGGGAAUUUACUAAAAUUAAAAUCGAAACCCCUUCCGAAGCUUUCGAAGAAGAGCGCAGAAUUGUACUCACGUCGACGAUAACACCACACUUUUUAGACACUAUGUUAAACAACAUCUCUAAUGCUAGAAAACUUAUUCGGCCCCUUCUGGGAAACUUGCCAAAAUUUCGGGUUUCACAAGCCAAAGCUUUUGAAAACGUGGGUGUUGAUCUAACGGGAAGUUUUCCUAUUACCAUGAAUCGCUUACGCGGCGCCAAGAGACUUAAAGCCUACAUCGUACUGUUUAUUUGCUGCUGCACUAAAGCAGUGCACUUGGAAAUUGUCUCCGAUUUAUCGGCUGAUACUUUUUUAGCCGCAUUUCGACGUUUCAUGGCACGGCGUGGCCGCGUCAGUAACGUUUACUCGGACAACGGCACUAAUUUUGUUGCCGCCUCAAAACAUCUUAAAGAAAUCUAUGCUCACGUAGCUAUACACGAGUCAAUCCGAUGGCAUUUCAACCCUCCUUCUGCACCCCAUAUGGGGGGCCUAUGGGAAAGUAACAUUAAGUCGGCGAAAACACAUUUACUGGGUGUUAUCGGCGAACAAAUUCUUACCUUUGAGGAGCUUUACACUUGCACGACUCAAGUCGAAGCUAUCUUGAACUCUAGACCCUUAUGUCCCGUUAGCACGGACCCAAGCGAUUUGACCGCGUUGACGCCGGGCCAUUUUUUAUCCUUAGAGCCUCUGUCGGUUAUUCCAAAUCCCGAUACAAGUCAGUUAAGGACGGCAAAGGGUUUGAUUAAGCGACCCCUAGUUAAGCUUUGCCCUCUUCCUCUAGCGAUCUGA